AUGGCAGCAGCAGCUGUAGUCACUGUUGUGCUGACAAUGUUGAGUCUGAAUCCAGACGUGCUGGGCUACGUGUCUACUUUUAUUUGGAGCUCGCCAUCAUUAGACCUGCCCCAGUCAGGCACGUUCAUUCCUGCGGACAGAAAGACCCGAUCUAUCCGACCGCUUGAAAUCCGACUGGGAGAUUUACGAGGUGAAGAAGGGAUUGGUGAGCUGGCAGUGGGAUCAAUCUUUGAUACCAACCAAGUACGCCCUGGACGUUUAUACCUAUGA